AUGUCAGCUGAUAAAGCAAAUGUGGAGAGCCAGACACCAGAUGCAGGGCAAAUGAGUGCGGAGUCAUCUGAAAUCAACACUGAAAAUGUCGGCGAAAGAGCGGAAAAGCAACCCAAGUCCGAUGUUCAGACUACUAUUAGCUCCUCAGAGGCUACAACGGAUCGAAGUAGAGGACCAGCGCCAUCAUCGGCUUCUUCCACAACUGCAGAAUCAUCUGUUACUCUCAAAUUAAAGAUUCUGGAACAAUUGGGAAUCAAAAAUAUAUCUGCCCUUAAUAAAGAGGACGAUGAAUUCCUAAGCUAUUUUUUGCAAAUUAAAUUGGAGCAAGAAAGAAAGGAUGUAGAAAAACUACGGGAUUGUAACCUGGAGAAGUUGAACUUCAUUUUAGAUAAAUGCAGCUCAAGUGAAACGUUAACAAGCCAAUCCGUUAAUGAUAUCAUUGAUAUUUUUAGCAAUCGAGGACAUGCCACACCGCGUCAGGAAAACGAUUUUGAUAUAUAUCCUUCUGAUAGAAAAAGAAAACGACUGGAACCUCCUAUAAUGCGCCACAAUGCACGCCAGGGAGUAGCUUCAGAUUACGCGAGGGAGUCACAGUUUCAGUAUGCACCCUUGGGUCCUGAGCACGGUCAUUCACAGGGCCGUUCACAGUCACAGUUUCAAUUACAACAACCGUUUAUGUUCCCCUACCAUUUUCAAUACCAAGGUGGCCAGGGACCAAAUCGAUGGCUGCCGCAGCAACUUGGGCCACAGGGUCAAAUCCUAGCAGGACUGGGACCUCAAAAUUUAUCUCCACGAAGUAAUUCAGACGCCACCACUGCCGAGUCAGUCAGUGGAUCAAACCCAAGGACUACAUCGCAAAACGUUUCGUCUGGAAUAUCAACUACCGCUUCACAAAACUUAGCAUACCCACCUGCUAAUCCUACGUACGCGACACCCACAUCUUAUCUGAUGCCUCCUGGAUCAACACGUCGACCUCCUGGGUUGAUGGCACAGCAAAAUACGAAUCAAGAAUCAACUCAAGCAGGUAUCCCAAAUUAUCUGCCACCCACACAGCAAUUUCAACCUCAUUCUCGCUUCAAGGGAGAGGGCGUACCAAUUCGAAGACAAGGAAACCAUCGAAGGUCACAAAGUUCGAUAACACCCUCAUCGAAUUAUUCCUUGAGAUCGCCUAUUAAGGAAUUGCAAGCUACUCCGCAGAAGCCAGUCAACUUUCUCAUACACACCCCAAAAUAUCCUCCUCCAACCUAA